GCGGACGUAGCGCGGAUCCCAAGAUGCGCACCAGGCGCUCACAGCUUGGGAGGAGCUAGAGCUACCCCCCACCCUCCUUACCCCCCUCCCUCUCCUUGUUCACGUUACUGUGGAGCGAAGACUCGAUUUGGACAGAAGAAAUAACACGAAAGAAACAGGGUGGGCCUAUCUCCUUCUCAGGUGUUUGAACUUCCUGGAGAAGAAAUGAGCCCCCCGGACACGUCCAACAGCACGCCAGAAUGGGAGCCUGAUGAAAGAGACAUGUGGACUCAAGUUAACGGGAGCAUGGAUUCGAACCUGCAAGGUUUCCACACAGAUAUCACUAAACAUCUCGGAGUGCAGAUCACCUUGAUUACAGCUUAUUCCUUAAUCAUCUUGCUGGGGCUCCUGGGGAACGCGCUUGUGAUUUAUAUGAUAAUUCGCUACAAGAACAUGAGAACAGUCACAAACUUCUUCAUAGCUAACUUGGCGCUCGCGGAUCUUCUAGUGGACACCUUGUGCCUGCCUUUCACGUUGGUGUAUACUCUGCUAGACGAGUGGAAGUUUGGCGCCGUGCUGUGUCACAUGGUACCCUUCGCCCAGGCUUUGAGCGUUCAUGUCUCUAUUUUGACAAUGACCGUUAUCGCUUUGGAGCGAUAUCGCUGUAUCGUCUUCCAUUUGGGUCAACGCCUGACUUGGCAUUCCAGUUUCCUCAUUAUGGCGUUCACUUGGACUACAUCGGCGGUCCUGGCGGCACCCUUGGCUAUCUUCCGAGAGUACCGUCAGGAAGAGAUCCCCUCCAUUAAUCUGCAUAUCGCCGUAUGUUCCGAGAAGUGGCCCCACGGGACCGGCAGAGACGGUGUCAUCUACAGCCUCUCCAUGCUUCUUCUACAGUACAUUAUCCCGUUAGCUAUUAUCAGUUACGCUUAUAUUUGUAUCUGGGUCAAGCUGAAGAACCACAUCAGUCCGUCGACUCGCAACGAUAGCAUCGCACGACGUAAAAAAACCACAAAAAUGUUGGCGCUGGUGGUGGUCGUCUUUGCUAUCUGUUGGCUGCCCUUCCACGUGUUCCAGCUCGCCAGCGAUCUGGACCUGGUGCUCAGGUUCAAGGAGUAUAAACUCAUAUACACCGUGUUCCAUAUCGUGGCGAUGUGUUCCACUUUUACCAACCCGCUCCUGUACGGCUGGAUGAAUAAAAACUACAGAAAUGGCUUCCUGAUGGUUUUCCGCUGUGAAGACAAGCCGGAAUCAUUCCACCCGGAGGGCUCGUUCCGGACUCGCUCCACGAGACGGCUCAACGGUCGUAACGGCGGACACCCGCCGACUGCAGUGUGAGAUGACUGAAGACGUUGGAAUAUAUGUAGGAAUGGACGUUUGACAUAUUUGUUCAAUUUUGAAUGUUCUGAGCUCCUGUUUCGAUACCGUGCAAAAUAACAGGAAGUUGCCAGUUUAUUUAGACUGCAAAGUACUGCGCUCCAUUUUGCCGCCGUUGCUUGAAAACCAAAUUCAUAAGAAUCAAUGAUUAUGCCCGUUUCUCGUACAAAUGUAGCCUUUUGACCUCAGUGACUUAACCUUGAGUUUAUGUAAAGCAGUUUUUUUUAUUUGUGAAUGUUAAUCGUGACUUUAAUGUAUUUGGCUGUUUUCUGUAUAAUGUGGUUCUUGUUCAUGCAAAUCACUUGUCGGCAAUUUAAAGCGUUUGUGUGUUUACUCUUCCUGUAGGAAGAAGGUGAUGCUUGUGGACAGGUUUUUUUUUUUUUUUUUUUUUUUUUAUUAGGGGGGGCACUGAAGGUUACUGCUGCUUUUCUGUCCCAACAGGACGUUAAUUAUGUUGACAUGCCGGAUUCAAUGUAAAGGAAGCCAGAUGGGAACUGUGAAAGAAAUCUACUAGAGAAUAUGUAAGAGGUCUUUCUCGGAUAGAUAUUCGAGAUAUUCUAUUUUCAGCUGCUCAACUGACUAUAAUAUGCCUGUGGACGUUUUUAUUGUAUUCUCAGGGCAUUGAAUUGACUGUUAUCUGACCACGCUUCAGUAAUUCAUGCUCAAAGGACUAGAUGGAACAAUAGUCGAAUGACUAGAUAUGAUAUUGUGUCGUCAAACUAGUGUUUGUUCCAACGCAGGGGUGGGCAAAGUACGGCCCGGGGGCCACAUGCGGCCCGCCAAGUGUUUGAAUACAGCCCGCCCGAUCUUUCCAAAGUAUUUCAUUUAAACUCAACAUACAACCUGGCAUCAUGGCCUGAGCCAACCUUUUGAUGGUUGUAUCAAUUUCGUUUUUUUGACAUGGUCUGUUGUUUACAAAGUGCUCCUGAAAAAAGGGACACAAGCA